AACUCAACAACCAUGAGAUCUCUGUUGUUUGUUCUGCUCAUUGGAGCUGCUUUUGCCUUGGAGGACGACAAGAUCGUCGGAGGGUAUGAGUGCACUCCCCACUCUCAGCCCCAUCAGGUGUCUCUGAACUCAGGCUACCACUUCUGCGGUGGCUCCCUGGUCAACGAGAACUGGGUUGUGUCCGCUGCUCACUGCUACAAGUCCCGUGUUGAAGUGCGUCUGGGAGAGCACCACAUCGUUUACAGCGAGGGAACUGAGCAGUUCAUCCAGUCCUCCAAAGUCAUUCGCCAUCCCAACUAUGACAGCUGGAACAUUGAUAACGACAUCAUGCUGAUCAAGCUCAGCAGCCCUGCCACCCUUAACCAGUAUGUGCAGCCUGUGGCUCUCCCCAGUAGCUGCGCUCCUGCUGGCACCAUGUGCAAAGUCUCUGGCUGGGGCGACACCAUGAGCUACGGUGAGUACGAUCUAAGAUACAGACACUCUAAUUUCAAGAACGUUGAUGAUGGUGACAAGCUGCAGUGCUUGGACAUCCCCAUCCUGUCUGACAGGGACUGUGAUAACUCCUACCCUGGAAUGAUCACUGAUGCCAUGUUCUGUGCUGGAUACCUGGAGGGAGGCAAGGACUCCUGCCAGGGUGAUUCUGGUGGCCCUGUUGUGUGCAACGGCGAGCUCCAGGGUGUUGUUUCCUGGGGCUAUGGAUGUGCUGAGAAAAACCAUCCCGGUGUUUACACCAAGGUCUGCAUCUUCAACACUUGGUUGCAGAACACCAUGGCCAGCAAUUAAACUGGAUCCUAUAGCCAUCUAAUACUGCUGUAGUCACAACUUCAUUCUGAGCACUAUGCAGUUUGACGCAAAAAAUAAAGCAUUAAACUCCAUUUCUCU